CCCGGCAGAGGGAGCCCGGCUCUCGGGCUGGCCCCGCCGGGCAGGGAGCGAGGGGGCGGCGCGGUGCUGGAACAAUCGCGCCGGAGCGGAUCCGGAGCCUGAUCCGGAGCCGGGCCCCACCCACCAAGAGCCGGGCGGCGGCGGGGCCGUUUCUCUGCGGGGCCGGGCCCAUGGGCGGGUAGCGGCCGCCGGGCGGAUGCUGCGGGCUCCGGCUCCCACGAUGCCGCCCCGGCGCCGCCUCCCGCUGCUGCUGCUGCUGAUCGCGGGCAACCUCUGGCCCGCGCCGGGCAAGUCUGCGGGGGAGCCGCCCAGCCCGCAGGAGGUGCUGAUCAAAGUCCAGGUGUAUGAGAACAGCGACCUCUCCCCACUGGCCCAGGCCGCCGUGGAGGUGUAUGGGAACCACACGUCGCUGGCCUCGGGCUCCACCGACCAUGAGGGCGUCGGGAUGCUGCCCGUCAGCUACCGCCUGGGCACCUGGAUCCUGGUCACCGCUGCCAAGCGUGGUUUCGUCACCAACUCUGUGCCCUGGCGGGUCGACAAGCUGCCGUUGUAUGCCUCGGUCAGCCUGUACCUGCUGCCGGAGCGGCCCGCCACCCUCAUCCUCUAUGAGGACUUGGUGCAGAUCUUGCUGGGAUCACCAGGGGCCAAGAGCCAGCCAUGGGUGCAGUUCCAGCGCAAGGCGGCCCGCCUGCCCCGCAGCUCCACCUACAGCCAGCUCUCCGCCUCCCUGACGGCCGCCAGCGGAGCCCACGACAUGCGGGGCUUCCCCUCCUUCAUCGGGGCCGAGAGCAACGGCAGCGCCAACAGCACCUGGCUGGAGCUGGUCCCCAUCGCCGCCGUCAGCGUCCAUCUCUUCACGGGCAACGGCACCGAGGUGCAGCUGUCGGGCCCCGUGCACCUGUCCAUCCCGCUGCCUCCCGACUCCGGAGCCACCACGGCCACCAGCGUGCCAGCCUGGAGGUUCGACACCAAGAGCGGCCUGUGGCUCCGGAACGGGACAGGGCUGAUCAGGAAGGAGGGUCGCCAGCUGUACUGGACAUUCGUCUCCCCCCAGCUGGGGUACUGGGCUGCCGCUCUGCCCUCCCCCACCACAGGGCUGGUGGCGCUGGCGACGGGGAUGAGGGACAUCACCGCGUACCACACCGUCUUCCUGCUCACCAUCCUGGGGGCGCUGGUGCUGCUGGUGCUGAGCCUGCUCUGCCUGCUCAUCUACUACUGCCGGCGGAGGUGCCUGAAACCCCGACAGCAGCACAGAAAGCUGCAGCUGCCCGGGCCGCUGGACACCUCGAAGCGAGACCAGGCCACCUCCAUGUCCCAGCUCAACCUGAUCUGCACCAGCCACCUGGAGACCGCCUCCUCGGCCGGCGACACCGACGCACACACGCCCAUCCUCAAGUCGGCCUUCUCCAGCUCCCGCGAGCUGGGCAGCUCCCGCGAGGAGUUCUUCCGCCACAAGCUGCGGCAUGUCAGCAAGGCCUCCACGGAGACGCUGAGCCAGCGGGGCGCCCCCAAGGAGGAGUACCCGCGCCCCGGGGAGAGCUUCUCGCUCAAGGCCGCGCGCUCCGUGGACGGCCCGGGUGUGCUGGAGCCCCCCGUGCUGGAGGAAUACAAGCGCGGCUUCUCCCACCAGCGCGUGGAGGACAAGGGCGCCGAGCCGCCACGGAAGCACUCGAGGAACGAGAGCAAGCCCUACCUCCAGGAGCCGCCCUCCCCGCCGCCCCUGCCGCCCCCCUUCGACCACUAUGUGGGCCACAAGGGGGAGCCCAAGCCCCCCGACUUCAUGCUGUCGCAGUCCGUGGACCACCUGGCCAGGCCCACCUCGCUCACCCAGCCGGGGCAGCUCAUCUUCUGCGGCUCCAUUGACCACAUGAAGGACAGCGUGUACCGCAACGUCAUGCCCACCUUGGUCAUCCCAGCCCAUUACAUGCGCCUGGCGUCGGAUUACCCCUCCGGGGAGCAGGCCCUGGCCGGCCCAGCGGAGAGCCAGCCCGAGAUGGAGGGGCUGCCCGGCCAGGCUGGGAUGACCAUCCCGCACCAGUUCGGGCCCCAGGACCAGCAGCGGCUGCAGCUCCAGCAGGGCGAGGACUCGGAGGGCAAGGGCUGGGGGGCACACUCCUCCUCGGUCAGCGGCUCUGUCACCAUCCCGGUGCUGUUCAACGAGUCCACCAUGGCCCAGCUGAACGGGGAGCUGCAGGCGCUGACGGAGAAGAAGCUGCUGGAGCUGGGGGUGAAGCCCCACCCGCGGGCCUGGUUCGUCUCCCUGGAUGGGCGCUCCUCCCAGGUGCGCCACUCCUACAUCGACCUGCAGGGCAGCGAGAAGGGCCGGAGCAAUGACGCCAGCCUGGACUCGGGCGUGGACGUCCACGAGGCCAAGCCCCACAAGCGGGCCAAGGAGGAGCGGGAGCGGCCCCCGGCCCCCGCCGCCUACUCCAAGCUGGCGUUCCCCGAGGACCCGGAGCAGAGCAGCAGCGAGAGCCGCACGGCCAUCUGCUCCCCCGAGGACAACUCCCUGACGCCCCUGCUGGACGAGGCGGCCGAGGCCCGGGCCGCCACGAUCCCCCGCCGGGGCCGCAGCCGGGGCACCAGCUCCCGCAGCAGCGCCAGUGAGCUGCGCCGGGACUCCAUGACCAGCCCCGAGGAUGAGCUGACCGACCCGGCCGAGGGCGCCGACGAGCCGGGCGACAAGAAGAGCCCCUGGCAGAAGCGCGAGGAGCGCCCCCUCAUGGUCUUCAAUGUGAAGUAAGCGGGGGGGGGCCUGCGCCCGCUUCCCCUGCCCCCUGAGCCAGCCCCAGCCCCUGGGGGGCAGAGGAGGGGGCGGGGCCGCAUGCCGGAUGGCUCCGCGCCCCCGAGGCGACUCCAGACCAGGACCCCAAAGACCCCCCGUCUUCUCCGCCUGAGGGCUGAGCUCUGUCGGGGAGCAGGGGAAGGGGGGACCCACACUGGCAGGCAGUGGGGCUGACCCCCAGGGCGGUCCGGAUGCAGAACCAGUGACCUGCUCCCUCCUGCAGCCAGGCACUGCCCGUUGUGCCCCCCGCCAUUCGCGGGACGGCCCAGAGCGGGGAGGAGAGGCUGUGGCAGCGGGACGAUCUCCCCACCACCAGGAUCACGUGUCGAGGCUGCUGCCCGCCUGGCCCCGAGGGAGGGGUGACUCGAGGACUUAGGAGGCCCCCUACCCCCGCUCUAGGCUCAGCGGGCAGAGUGAAGGGAUUGAGUCCGGGCGGGGGGGGCAGGGCCUGGGCAGCCUGGCCCAGCCCAUUUCCGAGCCCACUCUCCGGGUAGCCUGGGCAGACCAUCCAGGGGAGACGGCUGCUCCGCCCCCGUGACACCCGGCCGGAAGGGGUUAACAGCAGCCUGCUGGCGGCUGUACAGCUCUGGGGCGCUGUCCAGCCCCACACCUCGCCUGGGGAAAAGCAGAGCCCAGCUGCGCUCCUAGGGCACGGCCGCCCUGGGCGCUGCCAGAGGAACCUGACCCUCGUCGGCGUCUCUAACGUUCCCGCCAAACACCCUGGGGCUGCAGAGUCUCCUCCGGCCCCAAGGUGCCAGUCGCGGGCCACUCCCCACCCUCUCCUCCAAGUGCCUUUGCGCUGCAGGGCGCGUGGCACAGCUGGGCCCUGCACACAGAGCUGGGAGCCGCCUAAAUUCUCCUCGUUCCUAAUCUGCUUUCGCCAGGCCGGCUGCUGCCUCCAGGGGGGUUGGGGGGUGGCAACAUCCCACCGCGCAGGCUGGGAGCUGCCUGCAGGGCCAGGCUGGGUCCCCCCGCCCCCGGCCCUCGCGCCUGGCAGGGGAUCAGCCAGCCCUACACUGUGUAACGGGCAGGAGACCGAGCCGGAGCGUAGGAUCUCCCCACGCCCGGGCUGUGGGGCAGGGCCCGGGAGGCUGUAUUCUCGAGGCACUUCCCACUGCACCCACUCGCGCCGCCCUGGGGUGCAGAUGCACUUGGGCCGAGAAGCAGCUGCUGUCGGCCUCUGCACCCAGGCAGGCGCUAGCCAGGGUCGCUGUGGCAGAGAGAGGGGGUGCUGCUAGGAGGUGGGGGGAUCCCUCGGGAAUAAAACACCCACCUGUGGCUUUUACUUUCACCUCUUAGUGUCUUUUUGCCCUGUGUCUGCUGCUGCCCCACCUGCGGGUGAGGGAGGCUUCCAGCCCCCGUGCCUCUCUCGGGCCUGCGCCCAGGUGGAGGGUUGGUGUGUUGUGCCCAUCACUCCUGCCGGCUGCGGUCGCCUUCUCAGCUGGGGCCUGGAGCCUGUUUGUGUCCUGUAUCCACUCUCCCCUUGAAGUGGGAUGGACUGUGCUUUUUGGGGCAUCAUUUGCCUGUGGAACUCCUUGCCACUACCUCCCUAGGCUUGACAAGGGGGAGAUGUCUCUACAGCCGCCAGGCCUGUCAUCCAGUCCCUGCAGCAUGCGGGCAGGGCCCAGCACUGGGGCUCUUCCACCAUCAUCUGGCCAUGGGCAUGGCUGGAGGCCCGGGGGGUGGCAGGCUGGGGGUCACGGGAGCUAUAUUCUACUCAGGGGUAGAAUACAUAACCAGCUUCUAGCCCCAGGCAGCUCCCAGCAUGUUGGGGCUGUCCAUGUUACAGAGCGAGGGGCGGGGGCUGAUCCCAGCCAGUUCCCUCGAGUGUCACAGCAGGGGCCCUGUUCGGCAACUGCCUGCUGCAGGGAACUAGCAUGGGCAGCACCCCCCCCCUUGGGGGAUUGGAGGGGGCUUGGUCAGGCUUGACAGCUGACUCUCCACAGCAUGAGUGUGCACCCCACGAUGGACACAGGGAGCUCUAAGCCCCCCACCCAUCCCACCACCAAGAGCAGCUCCAGGCUGGGGCCGUGCAGGCCCCCAUGCUCCUUGUUCCUAGAACACCAGCCUCUGACCCACAGGGGUGGGCAGCAGUGGAAGCUGGGCUCAGGCCCCCCUGGUUUGCUUGGAUUUUAAUGUUGGUAUUUCUGAAAUUCUCUCUGAGGCGAGAGGAGAGCUGUGACUGUGCCCGGACCCUGUCAACUCUCCCACUGGCAGAGGCCCAUGGGCAGCCUGGCACGGAUCUGUGCCCUGGCACCUACCCUUCAGCCCACAGGUUGCACAAGAAACCCCCUGAGUUUUAUCCAGGGAGCGAGGCUGGGGCCAGCUUGGCCUGUGGGGCCCCCCCUCCCCCGUGUGUUCUCUAGAAUGGCAUUAAUAUAUAAAACCCUUCAACUCCU